AUGUUUCGUCCCGCCGCUCGCGCGCUUGCCCGUGCGCCCACCGUCGCAACCCGUACACCAGCCAACAGACGAUUGAUAAGCACCGGUCCGUCCAAGUCGAGGAGCUGGAAGAACACGCUCCUCCGGUUAGGUUUGGCCGGUGGUGCUGUCUACUACUAUAACACGAGCAGUGUUUUCUCCGAGGAACCGAAAUUCUCUCUUCUUUCUACGAUUCAGAAACAAACGGAUGACAAUGCCGAAACCAAGACCAUCGAUGACAUUACUCCCAAGAUUCGGCAAGAACGGGCCGCUGCGCACAAGCGCGAGUCCGCUGCUCUCGAAGGUGGAUUGAAUCCUGAGGAACUGCAGGAGGAGGCUGGUCAGGAGGCUGCGUUCAACCCGGAGACUGGCGAGAUUAACUGGGACUGUCCGUGUCUGGGAGGUAUGGCCCACGGGCCGUGCGGAGAGGACUUCAAGGCUGCGUUUAGCUGCUUCGUUUACUCCGAGGAAGAGCCUAAGGGCAUUGACUGCAUUGACAAGUUCAAGAACAUGCAAGACUGCUUCCGCCAACACCCUGAUGUCUACGGCGCCGAGCUUGAAGACGACGAUGAGCCCCAAUCUGAUGCUCCCCAAUCUGAUGCUCCCCAAUCUGAUGCUCCCCAAUCCGACGCUCCCCAGACCGAUGCACCCAAGACUGAUGCCCCGGCUUCCUCCGAAGACCAAGUCCCUGCCACUCUGCUGGAUGCCUCCUCAGAGCCGACCGAAAAGCAGGCCCGCGCCAAGGAAGUCAACGCCCAGGUGAAGGCCAACUCCAUUGCUCUGGGCGACAACGUCGAGGGCGACUCCCUCAUUCCCAAGGCUGCACACGAUACCGAGGAGAAGAACCAGGCUAGCAAGGCUUAA